UUUGACGUUUUAUGAUUGUGUCCAUUUUAAGGCUUGUUGGAGGGUUAUUUGUAUUCAGAAACGGUUGUGGUAUUAUGUGAAGAUCUUCGCUCAUAGCUGGUUAAAUGCUUUUCUUGACGAUUUUAUAUAAAGCAGUCUAAAAGCAGUACACUCUAUGCGGAUUAUAUACAUGUACAUUUGGCAGGGAUUCUUAGUGGAUUAAAACGCCGUUGUCGACUAAGAAAGCCCCAGAAUGCAGAUAUGACGGCCUGCUAUCUCUUGACCAACCCCAGAGAUGCUUCCAUCAAUGUAUCUGGUCAUCCGGUUACCGGUACCAACAACAACAUGACAAAUAGAACGAACAUGAGGAAUGUCUCAUCGGCAGUGCACGGUCACCAUACUAAUCCACCAAACGAACUAGAACGUUAUGUUCCAGUUCUUACCGUCAAACGACCAGUAACAACGGUCUCUGCACCUGCGCUUCCGAUGGACUACGGGUCAGGCCAAGGUGAAGUGAGGGCGCCACAGAGUGCUAAAUCUCAUGCCUUCGGGAGGCCGGUGCCUCCUGUUGAUUGCUUCCAGUCUAGAACACCGAUCGCACAGAGAGUCCGGAACUGCAGCAGGUCUUUGGCAGUUGGUACGACACAACGUCCUAUAACAGACCUGAGGACUGGAUUCAUGAGGACAAUGUCCAAACCCACACCUGGUGAACUUGAUCUGAAACUUCAUCAAGAGAAACAGGCAAUAGACAAAAUUAAAGCCGACCUUAGACGUGAACAGGCAUCCUUUGAUGAUCCCGAUAGACUAGAUAUGAAAGACAUUCUGAAGUUUAUGAACGAACACCCUGUUGCAAGUAGCACGAGAAGACCAAGGCCAAGGGCAGCCAAGCGUCGAGUUCCACAUGCGACUCUUGUGUCUAGUGAGGGAAUAGAGUCAAGAACACUAAUGGGAGAGGAGCUGACUGAGAAAGAAGCCAAGGCACAAAAGGCCAUCAGCGAAUACAAGCACAGACUGAAUGCCCUCAGCUCUCAAAUGCGUUCCACCAAAGAACGAUCUCAGAGUGCAGUAUCCCGUUACAGUCAUAACUCUGGGCAACACGACUUUGAUAGACAAUCUCUCAGACUUGCCCCAAAUAACAACGACCAGCAUGUCAGCAUACAACUUCUAAAUCUUCCAGAUUACGGAGGCAGGUCUUCUCCCCAAUGUAGUGUGGAUUCCAUCAGUUCGAGAAGCGUCCCGCUGCAGACCCGUCUUUCACCGAGAAGUUCGGCAAUUUCAUCGCCAAGGACAGCAUCUUCUUCUCCAGGUAGAAGGACACGCCAACCACAGUAUCCUGAACCUAUAUACAUUCCGAGCGGAGGGGAGGAUUUCAAUGAAACUAACGGAGGAGACCAACGGCAAUUUGUGAAGCUCUCCAUGCGUAGGUCGACGAACGUCACACGCGAAACGUCUCUCAUGACAGAUAUGGACCCGAACAAUCCUCCAAUCCUGACCGUACAGGUGUCAUUCCCAAGACCGACUGCUCCUCCUUCAAAUACACCAAUCAGCGCAUCUGAUGAAGAAGGCGAUAACGAUCUCGAUGGUAGUAUCUUCGGGGAUGAUGACAGUCUUGAAACGAACUGGUCGUCAAGGAGCUGCUCUCAGUUAAGUAGUGUUUCAAGUUCAAGGAUGACCUGCCGGUCUUGUACGCCAAGUGCAACAUCGAAUCGUGAAAAGAAUAAGACAAACACAACUGCAACAGUUCCAAGUGUGAGUCUUUGACGCGAAAAGCCAGAGAACCAAAACUGUACUACACUAAUUUAACUUCUAUAAGAGGUUUAAAUCUAAUGAAACUGGCAUGACUAGUUAGCGCAUUAACCAAUCAGCAAUCACUUUAUGCCAGAAGCUUGAUUAUUAUGCAGUUCAAAGUAAAUAUCGUUUGUUGAGUAAUCCUCAUUGUAUACAUUGCGUUUCUUUGUUAAUUAAGAUAUUGCGCCAAUAACUGGCGAUAGAUUAUUCAUAGUCUCUUUGAAUACACAAAACAGACUGCUCAUUGACUAUCAUAAAGAGGUUGCAUGAAUUAAUCAGGGAAAUCUGCUAUCACGAUCAUGUCAACAAUAAGCCACCAAGCGCCACUGGGGUUUGGGGAAGAGGAGGGGGAGGCGGAGCGGGUCUCCAGCCCCCCCCCCCCCAAAAAAAAAAAAAAAACGUUUUGCUGAAUCAUUGUAUUUUAUUUCCAGCACCACAGUUUGAUUAAAUUUCAUUUGAACUUUUGUUCCUUGAAACAUUUAACCAAUGUCACACGCAAAAUCUCCAUGAUCACAAUGAUUUUCGACAAAAUAUAUUGGUCAAUUCGAAAAUAAA